AUGUCCUUCUCUAGGCUUCUUCUUACUUCAUUCAUUGUCUUUUGUCUUCCAAUAUUUGCUUUUGGGGCUGCUCUAUUACCAGUGGAUGAAGUGGAAGCUCUACGUGACGUAGCAAAGAUAAUAGGCAAGACAGAUUGGAAUUUUAGUGCUGAUCCUUGUGGUGGUCAAUGGGGUUGGGUUGAUCCAAAUCCAGCAAAACGAAGUGAAAAUGGCGUAACCUGUAACUGCACCUUUUCAAAUGGCACCAUCUGCCAUGUCGUUAGCAUAGUUCUCAAGUUCCAGAAUUUUGAAGGCAAUCUUCCAACGAAUUUGGGCAGGUUCCCUUACCUCCAAGAAAUCGACCUUACACGUAACUACCUCAAAGGUACCAUCCCUCAAGAAUGGGGUACCACGCAACUGGUUAACAUUUCUAUUAUCGCAAAUCGAUUAACCGGUCCAAUCCCAAAAGAAAUUGGAAACAUCAGCACUCUUGCAAUUUUCACUGUCGAGUUUAAUCAGCUUUCAGGAGUUUUGCCACAAGAGCUUGGAAAUUUGGCUCGUAUUGAAAAAUUGCAGUUAUCUUCUAACAACUUUACAGGAUUGUUGCCAGCAACGUUUUCAAAGCUAACCACGUUAAAGGACUUAGGGAUACAAGGCAGUGGUCUAAGUGGGCCAAUUCCAACCGGCAUUGCUCUCCUGGGAGAGAUGACUGAUUUGAGAAUCAGUGAUCUGGGCAAUGAAUCUGAAUCCUCAUUUCCACAAUUAAGUAGUAUGAAAAACCUGAAGACAUUGAUACUAAGGAGUUGCAAUAUUAUUGGAUCAAUACCUGACUAUGUUGGUGAAUUGACCGAUUUGAUAACCUUAUUGAUUAGUGGAUGUUCCAAUUCCAUGGUGAUUGAUAUGUUGUUGCUGGCAACAGAAUUCUAUUCCUUCCACAUAAAUUGUGGAGGAAAAGAAGCAACUAUUGGAGGGAACAAAUAUGAAGAUGAUACAGAUCCAGCCGGACCAUCAAGUUUCUACCAGAGUAGAACUAACUGGGCUGUUAGUACCACUGGUCACUUCAUGGACGAUGACAGUAACUCAGAUACAUUCACAGGGACAAAUGCAACUAAACUCUCUGCAAAUACUUCGGCACUUUACAUGGAUGCACGCCUUGCUCCAAUCUCUCUAACUUAUUAUGGUUUCUGUAUGGGAAAUGGGAACUACACAGUUUUCCUCCAUUUUGCUGAGAUAAUGUUUACCAAUGACAGGACAUUCAACAGCCUUGGUAGGCGAUUUUUUGACAUCUAUAUUCAGGGAAAGCUUGUACAGAAGGAUUUCAGUAUCCAGAAUGAAGCAGGUGGUGUUGGUAAGGCAAUUAUCAAGAAUUUUACUGCCGUUGUAACUGGUAAUACAUUGGAGAUGCGCUUUUAUUGGGCUGGAAAAGGGACCACCAGGCUACCUGUUGGAGGAGUCUAUGGACCACUCAUAUCAGCUAUUUCUGUGACGCCUGAUUUUAUACCCCCAUCAGAAAAAAGCAGUAGUACUAGUACAUAUGCCGGCACUGUGGUUGGUAUUGUGGUUGCAGUAGUAGUUGUCAUCGUCCUGAUUCUAGGAAUCCUCUGGUGGAAAGGUUGUUUUGGACAGAAGAUCAGUAUGCAUCACGGUAUUGUCUAA